UUAGCAAACGUUUGCACACGUCACCACACUCGCUAUACGUUCCUGAGCUUUGCACACGAAUUAUAAAUAUCACCUGAGCAGGGAUCAAUAACCGAGAUUGUAGCUGUGAGCGCUACUUGCUUUGAAAGGUGUUCUCUUUGGUGCAAUAAAUCAAACAUGGCGUCUGCUGCUCGAAUUUCAGGAAUCUUCAUCAUGUUUUUCAUCAUCUUCCUAUUUGGACUCGUGCCGUUCGCAUUGCUAAGAGUGUUCGAAAAGAAAUUCUCAAGAGAGAACGUGAAGAAAUGGAUUGGAAUUCUGAACUGUUUUAAUGGCGGAAUCUUUCUAGGAACAGCUAUUUUGCAUUUGUUGCCCGAGGCUAGAGAGAUGUUGACGAAUUAUAUCUCAUACGAUUAUCCGAUCACCGAAGCCAUUACCGGAUGUGGGUGUUUGAUAACACUCACGCUGGAGCACCUGGUUAUGUACUAUAGUAAUGGACAUCCUGUGCAUGAUACAUGUCAUGGAUGUGAAAGAGAAAGAGAAAAAGAAGAGGGCACCGCGAAGAAAUUAAAUAUUGAAAUUACAGAGAAAGAAACCAGUAUUGAUAGUAUUUCUGGAAAAUCUGGAGACAGCGUGAAAGUGGAAGAGCCUCACUUAAGAUUUUUUGCCUUUCGUUCGUUUCUUCUGCUUUUGGCCCUGUCGUUUCACAUGGUUUUUGAGGGCUUGGCCGUAGGUCUGCAAACAGAAGAAGAAGAUGCUUGGAUUCUGUUGGGAGUUCUCUCUCUUCACAAGGUCGCAGUGGCCUUCAGUGUUGGGGUUCAGUUGAAAGAAAAUCUAAGAAAGUUCCAAUAUGUGAUUUUGUCGUUGUUUGCGUUAUCAAUUAUGACACCGAUCGGGGUCGUGAUUGGAUAUAUUGUAGCGGAGACUGGAGAAGACGCGCAUGGGCAGGGCAUUGCUUCCGGAGUCCUACAGAGCCUUUCCGUUGGCUGUUUCCUCUAUGUGACUUUUAUGGAAAUUCUUGGCAAUGAAUUAUACCCAACUAAAGAAAGAAGCCAUUGGAAGGUCUUGUUCACAGUCAUUGGUUUUGCAGUUAUUGCUGCCAUUCAGUUUAUUAAACAUGAUCACGAACAUCAUGGUCAUUAGUUGGUUCUGAUAUCCACAUCACAUAUGUAAGAGGCAUGACAAGGAUAUAGAUCUUAUUUUGAAAUAAAAUUUGCCGACUUUGCUA